GUGCAGCAGUGGCCCUGGCUGCAUCCGCCUCCCGGCGUCGAAGCACCGGAAGCGUCUUGCGCCGAACACGAAAUCACCAGGUUUCUGCCGUGGCGAUGCACGGCACACCCGUGUGUGCUGGGGUGGUCAUCACCGGUGGUGCCGCUGGAGUGGGCUUUGCUUAUGCAGACGAAUUCCUGGCACGGGGACACCAGGUGGUCAUUUGCGAUGUCAAGGAUUGCUCUGACGCGGUGGAAUCCCUGAAGAAGAAGCACGGAGAGAAAGCAAGCAUUUUUAGCACCGUGUGCGAUGUGUCGAACAUCGAGAGCAUCAACAAACUGAUUGACUUUGUGAAGGACAAAAUUGGAGUUGUGCACUACUGGAUCAACAAUGCAGGCAUCAACGGUGGCCGAAGACGCUUCACCGAGAUCAGCCCUGAAACGGUCGAGGCCGUCAUUCGUGUGAAUUUGGGUGGAAUCCUCCUUUGCACCCAUGCUGCAAUGCGCGUGAUGGAGCAACAGGCUGGAGUUGAAAGCCACAUUUUCAACACGGUGGGCAGCGGCGUCAAGGGUGGUGGCACUCCAGGCUAUGUGGCCUAUGGCGCCACCAAGCGAGGCUUGCCGCAGAUGACGGAGUCCUUGGUGAAAGAAUUGGAGGAGGGCGUGCAGGGGUAUGAUGCCGUGGAGACUCCCGGGAAGGUGAACUGCCAUUGCCUUUCGCCCGGCAUGGUCUUCACCGAUCUCCUCCUGAACGACAGCACCCCGGAACUUCGAAAGUUCCCCUUCGGCGUGUUGGCCGCGCAGCCCGAGGAGGUGGCAGCCGACCUUGUCCCCAAGAUCAUCAACGUCAGCGGCAACGGCAAGUCGGUUGAGUUCCUGACAGUGGACAAGAUUCUCACCAAGUUCUUUCAGAGGUUUAUCCUUGGCGAGAAGUCCAAGUACAUCGAUGAUGAUGGGAACGUGAUCAAAAUGCCUGGUGCGGACUAUGCGGACAAUGGCGUGCGGGUCCUUUACAACGAUAUGAAGUGAUGGCAGGUCAGGUUUCUUGGACUCCGGCUGGGCUGCAGCACGAUCCGGAGGCUUUUAAGUUGCGCCAAAGUGGCCAGCAGGCGCGGCAAGCAUCACAGCAUCUGUGUCGUAC